UAUGAGGCAGAGCAACAAAGACUCAGAGAUAGCAAUGAAUAGCGAAAGACAUCCCCCACUAGUAUCAGAGGAGUCUAAUACUAGGAGCAGGGUCUCCUUGAUAGUCAUUCUUAUCGUUUUCUUAGUGAUAGGGUUUAAUGUAUCAUGAUUGAUACCCUAUAAUCAUCCCUCCACAGAGAGCCAUUUCUUAGAUGAUGUCUUUGAUGUCUGGAGAGCUUCUUCUUAUGAAGAAUUUAAAGUCAUCCCAGCCAAUCAGAGCAACUGUGGUGAAGAGUGGGAACUCAUCCUUGGAGAUAAAAUGUUAUGGGAAGGUACACAAAAGGGAUGCCAUUGCCCUGAAGACCGAAUCGAGAAGCAUACCUGAACAUACAAAGAAAUCAAUGAGCAAAACUGUAAAUAAUAUCAAAUCUACUCCAAAAAUCAAUAUUACCGCUAUCAAUGGAGUCAAUAUUUGUGGUAAAAGAGGAAAUCUCACUUUUUACGACAUAAGAGAACCCCAUCAGACCAGAUGGCCAAAUCAAAACAGAUUGCUGCAAGAAGUUGAAGAAGAAUCUGAGAAGACACCUGAAGUCAAUAAAGAAGCUAGUGAAGUUGCAAUUCCAGAGAAAACCUCAGAAGAUGACACUUCUGAAACCUCUGAUAUAGCUGAAAUUGAAGGAGACUUUCUCCCAGAAGAGCUUCAAGACACUCUUCUUCCUUCUGAAGAGAUAAACAUUACUGGAAUUCCAUUGAAAAUUCAAAAAGUGUCAUUUGAGCCUGACGAACCAGAGGAGGAGAGCAAGCCAGAAUCUCUCCCUUUGGAACUUAUCAAGCAGACUCCUUUGCCAGACUCGACUGCAAAGUCAACCUUAAUGAAGCCAAAUCUUAAAGUUCCUCUCACUAAUUACCAAAAGAAUGAGAUAAAGAGGAUUAAGAAUCUCAAGUGGGAAGAAGAUAUCAAGAAAGCCAAUGAAGAGCGAGAAGGAGAGUAUCAGAAGAGCUUGAAUGCUGAUCCUCUACAUUAUGAAUGUGUCCCAAAUUACAAGCCAUGUGGAGCUAAGAAUUCUGAUGGGAAGUUUCCUUUCUGAAUCCCUGAAGACAAACACUGUCCUGUCAAUAAUGUAAAUAUAAUCCCUUCGAGGACACAAAAGAUGUCUGAGGGCUACAAAGCUAUUCCAAUUAAUGAGAACUUGACUUUUAUCUACACAACUCAGGGAGAGAGGCUUCCAAUUAUGGAUUUCAAGCUGACUGAAUCUUUGCCUUGUGUAAACUCUCAUGAAGAGAGCAUCUCUCAGGAACGAAAAUAUUAUCCAUUGAUCAAGAAUUUGGAAAAUAAGGGAUGAAAGACUACAUUUGCUAAAGAAUUCGAGUUUGACAGGAGAUACAACUUCGUCUACAAAGUUGAUGAACAGACUUUAUUCAGUGAUAAUGGAAUAUGGUGCCUUAAGAAUGAUAACCAAUGCUUUGUACCAAGAGAUCCAAGUCAAGAUCAUGACAGAGACUUGGCCUACAAAACUAUUGGAAAUUUUACCAAGAGACUUCCCUUAUUCGAUGAAUUUGGCAAUAGCAAGGAAUUUUCAUAUAAUCUGUUUGCUAGACACUACAUUCCAUGGGAUAGGAACAACCCAAUGUGAGGAAAUAUAGGCUCAGUGACCUUAUCCUCUGUUGCAACUCAUUACACUGAUUAUGUUGACAAUAAAUAUCUUGCCCUAUAUCUUUCAGGGGGAGGAGCAAUUGUCUUCACAGCAGUAGCAUUUGUGCUUCUUUUUAUUGCUGACUGAUGCUGUGAAAACCCUCAUGGAAAGAGAUCGAUUGUCGGUAUUCUAAAUAUCAUGGCGAUCAUAAUCUUCAUAGGCUUUUUAAUGUUCUACUGAGUAACAAUAUACUGGCUGAUAAAUCACAUUGGUGAGCACCAAAUUGAGUACAGAACUUACAGCCAAAAUGAAUGCUCUGAUGAAUAUCUGAAUAAAUUGGUAUUCAACUAUGCUGAGGAUCAGGAUGCUUUGUCUGACAGGCUGUGGCAUACGAUCUAUUUUAUCUGAAAAUCAAUCUUCACAGGAGUUUUGCUUAUAUUUUACACUAUGGUUAAUGUGAUGAUAAAGUAA